UGAGAAGCGAGUCGGCGAGAGGCAGUUGAAGGAAUGGAUUGAUGGUUAAAGAUGGAGAGAGGCAGAGGAGGAGGAGGAGGAAGGAGUGUGGGGGGCUCUGGCCUACACAGGAGCAUUUACUCCCAGUCCCAGCAGCAGUAUCAUUAUCCUGCCUCCUCUUCUCAGGCGGGCUGCAUGGAAAUCCAGGAGCUGGCAUCCAAAAGAGUGGACAUCCAAAAAAAGAGAUUUUAUCUGGAUGUGAAGCAAAGUUCCCGAGGUCGUUUUCUGAAGAUAGCUGAAGUCUGGAUAGGAAGAGGCAGGCAGGACAAUAUCAGAAAAAGCAAGCUGACUCUAUCUUUAUCAGUAGCUUCUGAGCUGAAAGAUUGCCUGGGCGAUUUCAUAGAACACUAUGCCCAUUUGGGCUUGAAAAGCAGCCAGAGUCACCGGAAUGACCAUGCUAAUGGCAAAGAACAAGAUCCAAGAAGGCGGCAACACCAUCAGCUACCCUCACCUCCAGCUUCAGUGGGAUCUGAGGAACAUCUUCACAGCGUCUUAAAAACUGAAUAUAUUGAAAGAGAUAAUAGGAAAUAUUACCUAGACCUAAAGGAGAAUCAACGUGGACGUUUCUUAAGGAUUAGACAAACCUUGAUUAGAGGACCUGGCAUGAUAGGAUAUUUUGGUCACAGUUUGGGGCAGGAACAGACUAUUGUCCUUCCAGCACAGGGAAUGAUUGAAUUCAGGGAUGCUUUGGUCCAACUUAUUGAAGAAUAUGGAGAAGGAGAUAUAGAAGAAAGGAGGAGUGGAGGGGAUGAUCCUCCUGAACUGCCAGAGGGGACUUCCUUCAGGGUGGACAACAAAAGGUUCUACUUUGAUGUGGGAUCUAACAGGUAUGGUAUUUUUUUGAAGGUAAGUGAAGUGAGGCCUCCAUACCGUAACACCAUAACUGUCCCAUACAAAGCAUGGACAAGAUUUGGGGAAAACUUUAUCAAGUAUGAAGAGGAAAUGAGGAGAAUUUACAACGGCCAUAAAGAGAAAAGAAUGGAUAUCAGAGGGGACAGUGGAGAAGAACAAGAAGGUCUUGAUUAGAAUGUUUUUCAAUGGGCCAAGAAUCAAAGCAGAGAAAUGCCAGGAGGUACUGAUAUGUAAUGGCUGGAAGAAGUUGCCUUUCUUUUUGUAAGUUCUUCCCUGUUAUUAGAUAAUUCCAAUAUGUGGGUCUGGUUUUCAUGUUAAAUUACACCCAGCAACUUCUCUGGUUUCUCAUAAUUAAUUACCCUGUGAUUCUGAUUCUUAACCUCACAAGUUUAUCAAAUAUGUAUAAUACCACUAACUCUGUUGUAAUCUUUAAAGAAUAUGUAUAAGGUUUGUGUUGCAGUGUAACAUGAUGCAAAUAAGCCAGAUGGAAUUGAUGUGUUGUAAUAGUAACCAAGAGCAUUUAUGACCAAAACUGACCUUUACAUUUUAAAUGAUUGUACUGGGAAAGGUAUAUUUAACUAAGUAAAUCUGCUUGUUAUGUUACGAUAAAAAUAUUUUUAAGGGAGGAAGAAUUGGCCAGUGAUUAAUUUCAUGGGUACCUAAUUGUAGGAUAAUCCAGUAAUUUAAGUGAUCCCCUCCAAAAGAUAUAUCUAUGUUUAAUGUUGAUCAUGUCAUCCCUUCUGUAUGGAUUGUUGACAUCUUGUGAGGAGAGCUUAUUUAAAUAGUACAAAUUUCAAAACUAUUUUUAUAUUUGUGGGGUUAAGUGGUUCUAGCAAGUUACUGUGAUGUGGGAAUUUGGUAGAUGAACAAUGGUUGGAAUUAAAAUUCUAAACAGGAAGAUUAAAUGUCUACAGUGUGAAAAACAUUAGAAUAAUUU